GAGAGUCGGUUGGACUUUCUCACUGAAGACAUUGUCACCAACGAUAUCGAACUACAACAAAUACUAUGGACACCAACAUUUUACAGGGGACAUGAUCGUACCUUUUUGCCAACAUAGCCUAUCAACAACCCAACAGACCGUAUCGCCGUUAGAAGAUUGCGGGUUAAGAAAGAUGCAGAAGUGAAGUUCAGUUGCAACUUCUGAAGGAAUGACGUUCGAGAAAGGAUGUGCAGUAGUCAGAACAUCGCAUGGAGUCUUGCGGUGCUCUCGUUUGUUGAGAUGGGAUUCGGCGUGUCCAGCAUCACGGUGGGAAUGUUGGAGGGCAGGAGAACCCGAGCUGCGCUUAAAACACAUCAUGGGGAGGGGGCGCCAGUAUGGAGCGGCGUGGCUUUUCUCAUCUGUGGACUAUGUGGAAUGCUUUGUGCAAGGAGGAGAACAGGGCUAAUGAUGAUCCUCUUCUGCGCCUGCUGUAUCUGUGGCCUGAUAAGUGGCAUUCUGAACGUGCAGUUUGUGCGUGCGGCAGCAAGACGUGCUGACUUCAUGUCCUCUCUGCAGCUGGCCUCCAUCUGCCUGGCAUGUCUGGGAGUGACCGUCUGCACCCUCAGCGCCUGGCUCACCUGCCGCCUGGCCAGCGCUGAGCAGCAGCGGAUGUUCCUAGAGCGUGAGGUCCACCACUCUGUAGAAAUGACCGAAAAAAACAAGUCAGGAUGCAGCAGCUAAUGAAAAUCCUUUCACACUGGAGAAUGGCAUCAGAGGCUGUUAAG